CUCCUCUCUCCUGGGUGUCUACCAGCGCCUUCAGCCUGUUGCCAGGACGAUUUUAUAGACCAGUGUCCCGACUCGCAAGAAGCCAAGGCCUCCUCACGUGUGGACAGCAAGAGAGCAAAGAAACGAAAGAAUAAAACCCCUUUGUCAACUGCUCCCGGCCUGUGUGGGUAUUACUGUCGUCGUAACCGAGGAGUCAGCUUUUGGGAUUCUUGUCUGCAGUCCAAAAAGUUUUUUUUAAACUCUUCCAAAACUUUUUGUUUGGUCGCGCCUUUGUGUGUGUGUGUGUUUUUUUUAAUCGAGUCUGGAACUCGACAUUUUUCUUCAACACCAUUUAUGUUAGCGGGAAUAAGUUCGACUGCGUGUUUUCCAGCAGUUUGCCCCCUUUUUUUUUUUUUUUUGUUUUUUGCUCCUCUGUUGAGUGAAUGAAGCGUCUGUUGAGCUGAAGGAAACCAACGCGUCUCCAUGAGGAACGUUGGCGUAGCUCACACUUAACAACACCCCUGGACACGUUUCCCCCCCUUUUUUUUGCACUCAACGAUCUGUUUACUUUAUCGUUUUUUAAAUUUAUUUAUUUAUUUUUGUUACUUUUGGUCUGAAGCUGACACAAGAUGAAGACGCUGCUGUUGCUGUGUGUGCUUAGCACGCUGGUCGUGUUUUGCGUUUCGGCCACUGCGGAGCAAAAGUCGAAAAACUGCAACGACGUUCGUGCUGCGUACAGCUCCAAAGGCUUCAACGUCAACGAUGUUCCAAACAAAGGAGUUAAUGGAGCAUCACUGAAAGUCUGUCCGCAGGGUUUCUCUUGCUGCACUGUGGAGAUGGAAGAGAAGCUGAGCCAGCAGAGUCACUAUGAUAUCAAAGCCCCUGUUUCCAGGCUUUCCACCAAUUUACAGUCCACCUUUAGGCAGCGGCACGAGCACUUUGACAAGUUUUUCCGGGAACUGUUGAAAAAUGCAGAGGUCUCACUUCACAACAUGUUUGUACGAACCUACGGGAUGAUGUACGUGCAGAACGCCGAGCUGUUCAAGAAUUUAUUUGAGUCCCUGACGCGGUACUACGUGUCAGGAAGCUCGGCUGUCAACCUUGAGUCAAUGCUGUCAGACUUUUGGGCCGACCUCCUGGAGAGGAUGUUCCGGCUGGUCAACGUGCAGUAUGAAUUCAGUGAUGCCUACAUGGAGUGUGUCAGCCGCCACACAGAGCAGCUGCAGCCUUUUGGUGACGUGCCUCGCAAGCUCCGCAUCCAGUUGAUGCGUGCUUUUGUUGCUGCGCGUACAUUUGUACGUGGCCUAAACCUCAUGCCAGAAGUGGUCAACAAAGUCUCUACGGUCAGCGCGUCUCCCAGCUGUGUGCGAGCGGCCAUGAAGAUGUUGUACUGUCCCUACUGCUCGGGCCAAGUGGCGCUGAAGCCCUGCCAGAAUUACUGUUUGAAUGUUAUGCGGGGCUGUUUGGCCAACCAGGCAGAUCUGGACACAGAAUGGAACAACUUUCUUGAUGCCAUGCUAGGUCUGGCUGAGAGACUCGAGGGUCCUUUCAAUUUUGAGUCUGUCAUGGAUCCAAUUGACGUGAAGAUUUCCGACGCCAUCAUGAACAUGCAAGAGAACAGCAUGCAAGUUUCACAAAAAGUAUUCCAUGGAUGUGGCCAGCCUAAACAGAGCAUGGCAUUCCGCUCCAAACGGUCUGCCAAGGACACAGGCUUUACUGGCCGCUUCCGCCCCUACAGCCCUGACGCAAGACCUACCACUGCUGCUGGAACGAGCUUAGAUAGACUGACGAAUGAUGUAAAGAAGAAGCUAAAACAUGCCAAGAAGUUCUGGUCCACAUUGCCAGACACUGUUUGUGCUGGUGAGAGAAUUGCACCUGGUGAUGACUGCUGGAACGGAACAGCAAAAAGCAGGUAUGAGGCUGUUGUCAUUGGGAAUGGGCUGGCCAAUCAGGUGUCCAACCCCGACGUGGACGUGGACAUUACAAAACCAGACAUUGUGAUUCGAAGCCAGAUUGCAGUUCUGAAGGAAAUGACAAGUUGGCUGAAAGCUGCAUACAGCGGCAAUGAUAUCUCAUUUGAAAACGACGAGGAAGCCAGCGGAGGAGAGGAGAGCGGCAGCGGCUGCGAUUCUCCAUCCUGUGACACGGAUCGGGACAUCUACUUUUCCACUCCACCCAAUCCGGUGGAUCCCCGAGUUAAUCUGGUGCACAGUGAAUCAUCAGCUGGUUUCACUUUGCAAGGAAGCCUGGCACUGGCGCUCUGCGGGCUGGGUCUGCUUGGUGCCCUCUUGAGAUAAAAGUAUUUGGGCCGUGAGAUGAAGAGAAUGACUGAGAACGAUGGAGUGAAGGGGAAAACUGUCAGAAAGACUUUAACAAGACUGCCUUCAGGACCUCGGACAGUCCACCAUCGGGGGGAGGGGGGAGACUCUUCUUAAUAUUACAAUAAUUUCACUUUUAAUUAUUUGUUUGCAUGUUUCGAGGACAACCGUGUACAACGAUCUGAUUCUCAUCCCAAGAAAGCCACCUUUCCCACAAAGUAAAACCUUGACUCCUCGUGGCUCUGUUGGAGCUACACUAUGGUUCUGCUUGCAACAUUCAGAAAACAAUGUCUUAUUUACGCGGUUUAAUCUCAUACUUCAGUGUGUGCCUUUUUCAAUGAUUGCCAUCUAAAGUAUAUAACUAACACAUGGUACCUAUGAUGGAAAAUACCUUCCUCAUCAGUUGUGUCCUUCCAUCCUGCAGAGAUCAGCAAAUAACAUAGAUUUUAGUAGUUGUAUAUGAGCAGUGAUAAUGAGUGUUCCUUUAGGACAGUCAUUUACCACUGUGUGCAAACUGUGAAUCUCUGUGCGUUUAUGCAUUUACCUACAACAGCCAGUAUGAAAUUCUGGGAAUGAAGAGUCUUCACUUGUUUCUCUCAAAUCGGAAACCGUGUAGGCUCUCUGUUCUGUUUUCCUUGGAAAGAUAAAAUAUGUUGUCAGUGUUGCAGCAUUACUUCAUAAAUGCAAGGAGAGAAGUAACAGCUUCAGGUGAUGGAAUCAUUCUUUACAAGAGCUUUGAGGACUCCUCUUGAGUCCAAACCCGCACAGACUAUAUUGGCUAUGAGCAUAAUCACAGCCUAACGUCUAAGUUUCUUUGUUCAGCAGUUCAGUAGUAAGGUCAUACCUCAUACAUGCUGUCUAUGUCAGUGCAAUCUAGUUAUUAUGGAGUUGAAAGUGACUGUUAGAGAUGUGAUCUGUGGCUGGCACCCUGGUGAAUGGUGGUCAGGCCUGAGAAAGGAGCAGGACUCUCCCGGUGUUACCCCUAAAGAAGGCAAAGCUGACAAGUUCCAAAUGGCCCUUUUUCCUGUACCAUAAGACCAGUUCACGACAGAAGGUCUACCUUUGUACAGUCUUACAUGUUUGAAAGAAAUGUGAUUCACAUUCAUCUAGACAAGAGAACCAAAAGAGAGUGCUUCGAUCAAAAAUCAAGGAAAGAUUAUUUUAAUACAGGGUUUUUAUGUUAAAGAGGUGCUGUAUUUUAUUUUUUUUUUUAGCUACUUUUGGUAUGAAGAUACAUAUUAGGUACUACAGUGGGUUUGGAAUGCUAGUAUUAGUUGGCUGAACUGGAUUGUGUGCUCCUUGGAUGCACACUUGGACCUCUUACAUUGUCUUUUUCAGUAUAAUUGGAUUCCUCUUGAACCAUUUCAUCUACCUAUCCUUUACAGUUGCAUCAUUUCAAUUCAUGGUUGAAUGUUGAAGUUUUGUCACAAGUGCUACCAAAAUGAAUGUGGUGUAUGGUAUAGAUUUUUGUUUAGAACCGCCGUACAUAAUUGGUAACUUCUAAAGAUAAAAUGAAUGUAGAUUUAAUUAAAUUGUAUCUGUUAUGUGUGGAUAUUCCCUCAAGGUUGUCAUACACUAUGUUGUUUCCCAAAAAGCACAACAUGACUAUCUGUUCAUUUGUUUAUUCGGUGUUAUCUUUUUCCAUUUCACCUCUAAAAUUGUUGCCUCAAGUAGCCUUUGUACAGUAACUUAUGUGUAUCUUAUUGUCAUUCUCUGAAACUGGCAGAGACUAUCCAUAAUUUACAGUGUUCAUCGUCUCUUAAACAUCACAGUCCUUGAUUUAUACUUUGGGGUUUUACAUAUGCAAUUGUACAAUUUUUAAAAAUGGCUUUUCCCAUGUACCUUGAUGGACCUUAAAAAUCUGGUCAUGCUAAAGAUGGGCAGAAAAUACCGUAAACCAUCUUUUUACCUCGUUUGGCUUUGAAAUUGACAGUUGAUUGUAAGCUCACAUGAAAAUAUCUUCAAAAUAAUAAUAAUAAUAAUGAAUUAGUGUGGACAUAGCUGUUUAAAAUCCCACUUUGAAGGAACCCCUAUGCAAUCAGUUUAAAACCCUCAAACCUUAAUUUAAAAUAAUUAAGCCUGAGCUUCAGCAAGUGGAUUUGGCAUUGCUGUAUAUCACUGUGCCUGACUGGUGUAUCGUUAACAAUUUUACAAGUGCUUAUGUAAGUCGUAGAAGCAUUGAGUGAAGAACCCCCCCCCCUCCCACCAAAAAAAAAAACAUCAACAAAUGUUCAGAGUAAAUGUUUUGGGAAAUGAUGGUAAAUGUUUGUGCUUGCAACGUUUUCCAGCUGGCAGGAGUUGGUCCCGCUGCAGUAUGCUGUGUUUUUGAACCACAGAUCAGCUUAGUCUCGUGACUAAGUUGUGUUGGACAGGUGUUAGUCUUUCAAUUGUCUUUGGCCCACAAGUAAACUGAAUGGACUCGAUCAUCUCUGAGGAGAGAGUGUGUGAAUGACUGAAAAGAAUAAGAAAAAUGUAAAUAAAGAGCAGCCAUUUUAGAUGUCUCUAAAAGAGGCCUUAACAGUACAACAGAUUUUUACAUGUCAGAGUAUCGCCUAAAUGUUAUGGAGAAAAAAAAGAUGAGAUAGAUGUUGAAUUGUAAGAAAAAAAAUGUAUAUUAAACGUUUCUUAGUCUUGUUGAAAUAAAGACUGCCAAUAUUUAA